AAAACACUAAACAUAUCAACUCUCUUUUAAGCCCCGUCUUAAAAAUCGAACCCCUAUCUUAGGAAGAAACCCUAAAACUAUCAACUCUCUUCAAGCGAUUGUUCAACUUGAAGAGCGAUUGUUCAACUCUCUUCAGGCAGUUACUCGCUUCAAGCCUUCUUGGGAAAUAAUAUGGCGAACAAAAAGACUAAGUGUGUAUGCAAUGUUCAAAUUUUCAAAGGAAUUGGUUUAGAGGAAAACAUAAGUGUAUUUGCAUCGUCGAAUUUCUAUCCACUUUUGGCUGCUUCAGUGGAUUUAAUGAAAGCUGGACAAAAAUUGAGAGAAAUUUCAAAUACACUCGUUUUGCAUUUAUGCAAAAACUACUUCGAGGAGGAAAACAAAUUUUAUAUAAAUGAUAGAACUUCCAUAUCUUUUUGUGCCCGCGAAGUAUCUGAGGUUCUAGGUGGUAUUACGUGCACUGGAGCAGUUGUAAGUGAGGUAAAAGAUAAUAAGUUUCCUGAAUAUGUCGAGAAUCUUAAAAAACUAUACUCCACAGAGGUAAUCGGAAAAGAGAAAACAAGUAAUGAGGAUCGAACAACAACAAACUUUGGGAAGACAAAAAGAGAACUAAGCAACAAGUCUUUGAAGAAUAUUUUGAGGUCUAUGGUGUUGGAUACUGAGGAAAAGAAGAUUCAAUACAAGACUUUACUUCUUUGUUACGUGGUUGAUAAGCUGUUGAUGCCCUCAAGUGACACAUCUUUUGUGAGGAGUUCCAUCUUUGGGUUGGUUCAAGAUUUGGAAAAAUUCGAAAACACAAAUUGGGCUCAAACCGCCUUGAAUGCCAUUUGUGAAGCAGCAGUAAAAGCAAAAUUGACCUACAGUGGUCCCGGUCCAGUUUUGGAGGCAAUGCUGUAUGAAAGAGUAGAAAAAUUGCGACCGAAAUUGGUUAAAACGGGCAGUAGAAAGGAGGCUAAAGACCUUCCUGCAGUCCUUAGGUACAAAGGGGCAAGGUUUACAGAUACGAGUUUGGUUGAAAAGUUUGAAUCUUUGACUCAAACUGAUGUUAAAAUUUGCCCACAUUGUGAACGUAUGUCGGGAGAUGAUGAACGUAAUUCUGUGGGUGUUGAUCUUGCUCAUGCUCAAUUUACUCCUUUUUUCUGCCAAGAGAUGACUGCGGAUACUCUUCUUAGCCUCUUGAUUGAAGACGCAAAGAACACGUCUGAAGAGUUGCGAGUGUAUAUGGAAUCACUUGAUAAGGAAGAACUGUUGGAAAGUCUGAAGAAAAAACUGACGGGCAACCAAUUUUCAUCUAAUUGGGAAUUGUUUCAAUCCAUUUAUUGUGAUUUGUGAAACCGGAGUUAAUCUGCAGCCGUCGUCAUCUCGGCCAACCAAAGAUUUUAUUGACAUCGAAGAAGAUUUCAGUCGAUGUCAGUCACAUCAGUCACCAGAUGAAGAUGGUCCCUUGCUUGACAUGGCGAAGAAUGAUGGUGAAAAACAAAAGCUUAAAAAAGCUCUUUCACAAAGGUCUCGUAAAACAGCCCAAGAAGUAGAAAAAACAGCCAAAGAAGGAGAACAAUGUGUGUAUUCGCAAAGGGAAAGGAAAAAAGUUAUACGUUAUACUCCUUAGGGCUCCUGAUUCCUUGUCUUUGGUGCUGCAAGUCUGUGUCUGUCAGUCGGUUUUCAGGUUGGGUUUGGGUUGAUGCUUGGGUCUGCAGUGACAAGUGCUGCAAGUCUGUGUCUGUUUGUCGGUUUUCAGGCUGGGUUUGGGUGGAUGCUUGGGUCUGCAGUGCGUUGGGAGUGCUUCAGUACUGCUUGUGUGGUGGGGUUGUUAUUGAUGCGUUGAGCAGAUUCCUUAGCACUAGUUUGAGAAGCCUGCUAUGUUUGUAAUUACAUUAUUGGGUUCGAUUGUUUGUUAAUAUAUGAAUGUCUGACUAAUUUGCCUGAUAA